CAGUUUUUGUCACUAGUGGCAUUCACAAGCACUGUAAGAGUAUGUCGGCGUAUAACAGGCAUUACUCCGCUCUACUGCUCCUAGCACGUGCAUUGCGGGGAACGGGCAAAACCGGGGUGUGAUGGGUGACUACAUGCACCUUGCCGCCGCCCUCACCUCGAUAUCACGGCAACUUCACACACUUUACAUAUCGUGAAUCUCGAAUUCACAUCCACAGCUGUUUUAUCGCUUGUCAAGACCGGUGAAGCCAUCCUCAUGGACCAUCAUUUUCACUGCAUCUCUUAUCAGCUGAAUGAUUCAUCACAUCCGCCCAUACAGUGACACCAACAGCGUCGAGGCUGCAUACAGCCAACCAGUACCGAACACAGCAGAGACUAUCACCUCACUCUCGUAACCCGACCAAGAAGGUUAUAACCAACCAUGCACGACCUCCGCAAACAAGCCCUCCUCGAGUCCGGCAAAACCGUGUCGCGCAAAGCGCGCUCCCGAGCAGCAGGCGGCGGCGGCGGUACACCCUCCUCCAGCCGUGCCAACAGCGCCGCUCCUUCGCGCGGCGGCUCGCGAGUGCCCAGCCGUAAUGUCAGUGACGACGAAGCGGAGCUAAGCGACGGCACGCAAUGGAGCGGCGCGAGCAUCGACGAGAUGAUUGCGCCCGGUACCGAAGCCGAUGCGGUUCCGGAAGAAGUCUGGAAGGAGGCACUUCGUGAGCGCAUGGACGAGUUGGCGGGGUCGCGGAGGAAGGGUUCUAGUGAGGGCAGGGAGGAGAGCUUGACGGGGUUUGUGACGAUUCUGACGAGGCAUUAUGCGGCUGAUGAGGUCCGAGCACGGAGGGAGGAAACGGUGCAGGUUCUGCUCAAGAGCGUCAAGGCGGACGCCACGGACAAGGAAGUCGUUUUGGCUCUGAAAGCGCUGGCAUUACUCGUCAUUACUGAACCAAGCGAUACCGUCUCCGACGCCCUCUCCGGACCACUAAAGACUUGCAUCAACGACUCCCAAUACCCCACUGCCAAGAUCGCGGCGAUCCACACCCUCAGCAUCACGACCUUCUACGGCGGCGCGUCAAUGGAGCAGACAGAAGACCUAAUGUCCUACCUCCUCGACAUCGUCUCCUCCGACGGCGCCGUAAUAGACGCCGCAGACAACGCCGCCCUCGUCACCGCCGCGCUGGAAGAAUGGGGCUUCAUCGCCACGCAGGUGGAAGACAUGUCCGAAUCCACCCCCGAAGGCAUGGAAACUCUGAUCGAACAACUCGACAGCGCCGACGUCGAUGUCCAGAUAGCCGCUGGAGAGAACAUCGCGCUGUUGUACGAGAAAUCAUACACGGAAGCCGAAUCCGACGACGAAGCGGCGGAGGAAGACCAAAGCAUUCCAACAAACGGCCACACCAACGGUCACUCAACCCGCAUGAUCAAGCGCUACAAUCCAAUCCAGGGCGACGAGCAUCAAUUGAUUCAAACUCUCUCCGCCCUUGCCAAGACCUCCUCAAAGCGUCUUUCAAAGUCCUCACGCAAACGUCUCCAUCUCGCGUUCACAGAUAUCCUGAAUACGGUCGAAAACCCUACGCGAGGUCCGCGGUACAGUACCGCGCUGGACGAGGAGGGGAGGGAGAUGGGGAGUAGACUCAAGAUCGCCAUUGGAGGACCCGGUGGGGGAAAGAUGACGAUCGAUUCGUGGUGGAAGUUGCAUCGGUUGAACGCGCUGAAGCGGUUGUUGAGGGAAGGGUUUUUGGUGCAUUAUGAGGAGAACCAGGUGGUGUUUGAUAGUUUGCCGGUGGUUGUUGAGGAGGAUUGAGGGAUUAUCACGUUAGACGGCAGGAGAAUGCGCGAGUGUUUUGCCGCAACCGCCUCAAUCACUGCUAGUAUGCUUUCUAAGCCAUUAGCCGUUUCCUGAGGUCCAGAUAGGACUUGGUGCACCGGGGCAGCGAUGACCUAUAGUGAUGAGGGUUUCGGACAUGUGGAGAGUGUGCGUAAAAAUCCUCAAGAUUCAAACACAAUGGAGUCCGGAUCGUUGCAUAGUUCCAAUCAAUUUGCUAAGGAACAACGAACCAAAUGUCAG